CUCUCCUUGAACCUAUUGCAACCAAAUAAGUAAAUUCCUUCCUCAGAGCAUCCAAAAUGCAGAUCAUCUCUGGUAUUGCACGCUUUUUACAGAUUCUCUUCAGCAUUGUUGUGCUGGGUCUCUCUAUCAGUCUGGCAAGACAACAGAAGUAUGGAAAAGUCCCAUCUCAAACAAGCUACGCUGCUUUUACUGGGGCUCUCGGUAUCAUCGCCUCGGUGAUUGGUAUUGCCUCCCUCUUCGUUGAUAAGCUAAGAGGUGUCUUCACCUGGGUCCUUGAUGGUGUCACCAGCAUUGCUCUCUUGGCUGCAGGCGUCGCCUUCUCUGUGGCCCUUAAAGGUGUCGACUGCAAUAACACUUCGACUGACGGACCUACUUGGGAUAACCCUCUCAUCAGUGGAGGCUGCUGGGAAGACAAGGAUAAUAAGUGGUGCGCUGACAAGGGCGUGGUGCAUACCCGUUGCGUUCGCGCCGAGGCUGAUGCUGCAUUCAUGUUCCUUGCCUUCCUUGCUUGCAUCGGUGUGCUUAUCGUUUCUUUCCUUACUCGUCGUAACUAGAGAGACACUCUGCGC